ACUAUCUUACCAAAGUACUAUGUCUAGCCCCCUUUUCCAGGCAUUCUCAGUCUUUACGCUAACAAAACAGGUCUACACUGCUACACGUUUCAUGUUACUCAUUUGACGACAGGCCAUAAGCGCCUCCCUGGAUUCAGGUAGUAUAUGUUCUUUUGCAAUUAACAUAUCCCUCCAGCCAUGAAAUUUUUUUUUUUUUAAUCCAUUUGUUAGCUGCCUCAACUAAGACUUUCUGGCAGUCGCUGCUUUGGUAGACUGACUUGUUUUCCCAAUUUUGUCAAGACACAUCUUCCUGUGCUGUGAUGGUUUUGUUGUCUAUUGUCUAACCAACCACCACCAAUCAUGAUUCACUAAUCAGUCCAGGAGAGGGGAUAAAAGGGCAAGAGUUGUUGCGUCAUUAUGUUUUUCCUAUUUGUGUUUCUCCGAACGGUGGUGUCUGUGGUGAAGAAUUGCAAUGUCGGGCCGAGGAAAACAAGGAGGCAAAGUGAGAGCUAAGGCAAAGUCUCGGUCAUCUCGGGCUGGCUUGCAGUUCCCGGUGGGCCGUGUUCAUCGGCUUCUCCGGAAGGGUAAUUAUGCUGAGCGAGUUGGCGCUGGAGCCCCUGUAUAUAUGGCUGCUGUCUUAGAAUAUCUGACUGCUGAGAUUCUCGAGUUGGCUGGUAACGCUGCUCGCGAUAACAAAAAAACCAGGAUCAUUCCUCGCCAUUUGCAACUCGCCAUCCGUAACGACGAGGAGCUCAACAAACUACUAGGGAAAGUCACGAUUGCUCAAGGGGGUGUUCUGCCCAACAUCCAGGCUGUGCUGCUGCCUAAGAAAACCACCACACACACUUUCAUUCCUUGCUUGUUUAAAUACAGUAGGAGGUGUAUGUCUGACUAGUUGAGUGAUAUUGCUGAACAGAAAGGUAGGAUUACAUCUCAAAACUAAAAGUUAAGUAAGCCUUGA